ACUUUGUCUAUUGUUUAUAUUUUUUUGAACGCAUUUUAUAAUAAGACAAACUAUAACAAUGCCAUGUUGCUUUUAUAUUUUAUUUAUGUAUAACUUUAUCUAUUGUUUAUAUUUCAACCGUCAGAUGAGGAUCUAAUGGCUCAUGAGCUAUAAUAGUCACUUAAAGAUCCUAAGUCCAUCAAAUAAGAAUUUAGAUAGCCAAGGCUGUCAAUCGAGCUCAGCUCCGUUUAAGCUCGGUUCAGGCUCGAUUUGAAACUAAAUGAACUGAGCUUGAAGAGAUUUCGAGCCGGACCAAGACUCGAUCGGGCUCGAACUAUUUUAAUUCGUUUGCCUCACAACCCUCGCAGCAAAACCCUCUCCCUCUACCCUAUAAAUAACGAGCUGAAAGCCUCCGUCUUUCUUCCCUCUCUCUUCUCCAACCCUUGAGAACUUGCACGCGCCCUCCGGCCAUGGCUUCUCUUCCGGCAAAGAAGCCGCAGCAAAGCCAACAGAAGGCGAAGAAGAAGGAGAAGAAGAGAAAGGAGACGGGAGAUGCCCUAACCCUUGAGGACCUCAAAACCCUCGGCCACCAGCUGCUCUCCUCCAGAGCCCACAUCAACAACCUCCCCAUCCUCCUCUCCUUCCUCACAACUUCCUCCUCCCUCGAUUUCUCCCUGGAGUCCCUCAUUUCCCUCCAAUCCUUCUUCGUCCCUCUCCUCCCCGAAAUCCCUUCCUCUUCUGCUAUAUCUCGUUCGAAGACGGUUGCUUCUGGAGGUGUUGGGGAGGACAAGGAUACGGAGUCGGUGUUCAGGACGUGGCUACGAGAAAGGUUUGAUGAGUUCGUGAACUCCCUGAUCGAGAUUGCCGUCUCGGACCAAUCUGCGGAUGCUCUCAAAGAUGUUGCUUUGGAUGCAAUAAUGGAUUUUGUGAAGCUGGGAAAGGAGGGGAGGUUUCAGUCUGCUAUUUACCAUAGGUUUCUUAAUAACAUUGUUUAUGCUACAUCUCCUGUUGAUCCAUUGCUAGAAUUGCUUGCAGCCAAGUAUUUCAAGUACAUAGAUGUACGUUACUUCACCUAUACAAGCUUGGAUAAGAUUGCCAAGAACUUUGUGUCAAAAAUUUCAUUCGAACUUUUAAAAGAGUCUGGAAAAAUGAAUUUGAACAAUGAUGAAGAGCUAUCAACAGCAAGCAGAACAGAUGUUGCUAUUCACAUUAUGUACAACAUUUUAUUGAGUGUCCCUCCUUUAGAAGUUGAUAAAGAACCAGGUUACGAGAUGUGGAGUCAGUCAGGUCUUUCAUCAAAGGAAGCAGGAAAGGUGUCUUCCUAUGAAAUGGUUGUGGAUGCAAAAUGCCGAAACUCAGAGAACACAAAUAAUGAGGUCUCAUCUACAAGUCAUAUCACCAAAAAACUCAAGUUAAAAUUCACCAAAGCAUGGAUAUCCUUUCUUAAACUAGAGCUUCCUCUCGAUGUGUACAAGGAGGUUCUUGUUUCACUUCACCAGAUCGUAAUACCUUAUAUGACAAAUCCUGCUAUACUAAGUGAUUUUUUAACUAGGUCAUACGACAUAGGGGGUGUUAUUAGUGUAAUGGCACUAAGCGGUCUCUUUAUUCUUAUGACACAACAUGGUUUGGAGUAUCCCAAAUUUUAUGAAAAGCUUUAUGCGUUAUUGACACCAGCUGUUUUUAUGGCAAAGCAUCGGGCAGUGUUUUUCCAACUCCUUGAUACUUGUUUGAAGUCCGCAUAUCUUCCAGCAUUUAUUGCUGCUGCAUUUGUGAAGAAAUUGAGUAGAUUGUCUCUUUCAGUGCCACCAUCAGGAGCACUAAUUAUUAUUGCUGUAAUUCACAAUCUACUGAGAAGGCAUCCUUCCAUUAACUUUCUAGUUCAUCAGUUGGUUGAUGAUGUAACUGACAGAGAUACUUCUGUGGGAGGUACGCAGUCAGGUGAUGAUGCAAAGGAGUCUGAUGCUGGUGCUGCUAUGCACAACAAGAAACUUGGUGUUGAUCCAUUUAAGAGCGAAGAGAGUGACCCUGCCAAGUCUAAUGCCAUGCGAAGUUCUUUGUGGGAAAUUGAAACUCUCCGCCAUCAUUACUCCCCAGCAGUCUCCAGGUUUGUUGCAUCGCUUGAGAAUGAUCUGACAGUGAGGGCCAAAACUUCUGAGGUCACAGUGGCAGAUUUCAGUUCUGGUUCCUAUGCUACAGUAUUUAGAGAUGAGGUCCGGCGACGGAUAAAACAGGUCCCGCUUGCAUUCUAUAAAGCUACUCCAACCUCCCUGUUUUGGGAUUCAGAUUUUGCAGGAUGGACAUUUGGAGAUCAGCAUAAUGAGAAACUAGAAAGUGAAACUAAAGAAAUUGGGGGGUCAAACAUAGUCGAGAAGGAUGACCGCGAGCAUGUGAAGAGGCCAAGGAUAGAAAGCUUAGUUCCUAGAGCCUGCACCAUGAAGGUGGUAUUGCUUCUAUUUUUGGCUCUCUAUUUUUAUCUGUUUUCAAGUGGGGUGGGUAGGAAUAUCUCUUCGAGACCUGCGGUUGUGAACAUUGGAGCUCUAUUCACAUUCAACUCGACAAUUGGAAGAGUUGCCAAGGUCGCAAUUGAUUCUGCGGUGGAUGAUGUCAACUCUGAUCCAGGAGUUCUCCAAGGCACGAAACUGGUCAUUGAUAUGGAGGACUCCAGUUGUAAUGGUUUCCUUGGCAUGGUUGAAGCGUUACAGUUCAUGGAGAAAGAGAUCGUUGCAGUUGUUGGUCCCCAGUCUUCUGUGCUUGCUCAUGUUAUUUCAUAUGUUGCAAAUGAGCUCCAAGUCCCACUAUUGUCCUUUGCUGCGACGGACCCCACACUUUCAUCACUCGAGUAUCCCUUCUUCGUUCGGACCACAGAGAGUGAUCUGUUUCAAAUGGCUGCUAUAGCAGAAUUAGUUGAUUAUUACCGGUGGAAGCGGGUAAUUGCUAUCUUCGUAGAUGAUGAUUAUGGUAGAAAUGGGGUAGCCGCCUUAGGUGAUAAACUGGAAGAGAGGCGCUGUAGGAUAUCUUACAAAGCUGCAUUACGAUCUGAUGCCACUAGAAAUGAUGUAAUGGAUUUGUUGGUCAGGGUGGCGCUAAGGGCACCUCGGAUUAUUGUUGUACAUGCAAAUCCAGUCAUAGGACUCAUGGUUUUCUCUGUGGCAAAAUAUCUUAGAAUGAUGUCGGAUGGUUAUGUUUGGAUUGCAACAGAUUGGCUUUCCGCACUGUUGGAUUCUUCAAUGAAUUUUUCUACAGAAAGAAUGGAGACGAUGCAGGGAGUUCUUGCAUUGCGUCAACAUACGGCAGAUUCGAAAAAUAAGAGUGCUUUAGUUUCUAAGUGGAGCAAGUUGAGAAAGAAAGAGGCUGGUGAAAAUUUUCAGCUUAAUUCUUAUGGUUUGUAUGCGUAUGAUACCAUAUGGACAGUUGCUCAUGCAUUGGAUGCUUUUUUUAAUGAUGGUGGAGUGAUUUCAUUUUCUAAUUAUUCAAAGUUGCUUGGUGCUGAGGGAGGGACUUUACAUCUUGAAGCAAUGAGCAUGUUUGAUAUGGGAAAUCUUCUGCUAGAUAAAAUUCAUAAAACAAAUUUUGUUGGCAUUACUGGCCCCAUUCAGUUUGAUUCUGAUGGGAACCUCGUUCACCCUGCAUACGAUAUCAUUAAUGUGAUAGGAAGUGGAUUAAGGAGAAUAGGGUACUGGUCAAACUACUCCGGGUUAUCGGUGAUGUCUCCUGAAACACUAUAUAUGAAGCCACCAAAUCGUUCCAGUGCAAACCAGCAACUCUACGGUGUCAUUUGGCCUGGAGAAGCAACAACAAAGCCUCGUGGAUGGGUUUUUCCUAAUAAUGGGAGACAAUUGAAAAUUGGAGUUCCCAAAAGAGCUAGUUACCAGGAAUUUGUCUCGGAAAUGCGAGGCACUGACACAAUUAAGGGCUAUUGCAUAGAUGUCUUUGUUGCUGCCAUAAAUUUGCUGCCAUAUCCUGUUUCUUAUAAUUUCAUACCUUUUGGGGAUGGCCUCGAGAACCCGAGUUAUAACAAGCUUGUGGAAUUAGUUGCAUCAGGAGACUUUGAUGCUGCAGUUGGUGACAUUGCCAUUGUUACAAAUCGGACAAAGAUUGUUGAUUUCACACAGCCAUAUAUUGAGUCUGGGCUUGUCAUACUGGCCCCUGUUAAAAAACAUCAUUCAGAUGCUUGGGCUUUCUUGCAGCCAUUUACUGUGAAAUUGUGGUGUGUCACAGGGCUAUUCUUUCUUGUUGUAGGAGCAGUGGUUUGGAUUCUUGAGCAUAGGAUCAAUGAUCAGUUCCGUGGUCCUCCAAAAAAACAAGUAGCCACAGUCUUCUGGUUCAGUUUCUCAACUUUGUUUUUUGCCCAUAGAGAGAAGACUGUGGGUACUCUAGGGCGUGCAGUGCUGAUAAUUUGGCUUUUUGUGGUUUUAAUUAUUCAGUCUAGCUACACAGCUAGUCUGACUUCAAUUCUCACUGUGAAACAACUCUCAUCUCCACUCAAAGGAAUUGACAGCUUAAUACGUAGCGAGGAACCUAUCGGGAUUCAAGUAGGUUCAUUCACUGAAAAUUAUCUGGUUGAGGAGCUUGGCAUUUCUAGAUCCAGGCUAAAAGUUCUUGGUACUCCAGAACAGUAUGCUAGAGCCCUUGAACUUGGUCCUAGCAAUGGUGGUGUUGCUGCUGUGAUAGAUGAGCGACCAUAUGUUGAGGCAUUUCUAUCCACCCAGUGCAGAUUUGCAAUAGUAGGCUCAGAAUUUACCAGAAGUGGCUGGGGAUUUGCUUUCCCACGAGAUUCCCCCUUAGCUGUUGACUUGUCAACUGCCAUUGUUGCACUGUCAGAGAAUGGGGAUCUCCAAAGGAUUCAUGACAAAUGGCUGACGAGAAGCGCAUGCAUCUCUCAAAACAGCGAUCUGGAGUCUGAUCAACUCGAUCUUGGAAGCUUCUGGGGUCUGUUUCUUAUUUGUGGAAUGGCAUGUACAGUUGCUCUCAUCAUAUACUUCUUACUUAUGGUACGCCAGUUUAUUCGGCACUAUCCCCUGGAGGAGACUGACUCUUCCGGUCAAGGAAGCUCACGAUCACGCAGCCUUCAUUCUUUCUUCUCCUUCGUUGACGAGAAGGAAGAAGAUGUGAAAAACAGAUCCAAAAGAAAGCAGAUGCAGAAGGCAGGAAGCAAUGGUGCUGAUAUUGAAAGUGAGGACAAAUUUGUUAGCCCCUAGUCAUAUAAUUUCUUCAGUUUCUCCCUCCAUACCUAUAACCUGUCAUACCCAUAACUGUAAAUAUGCAAUCAGAUUAUUUUUCGAGAAGUAAUUUUCUCUGGUAGUAAUCAGCCACCCUUGUAUGGAUAGACAAUGAGAUGAUAACUCACGUGUAUACUGGAACAUUGCAUAUGAGAAUCAAAUUCAUAGAAGUUCUUUUUGUAAAAAA